AUGGCCGACGGUCUCCAAAUGGGCAGCCUGUCCAUCAACGACUCUCAGCACGCGCCCGCGCCCGCUGGUGGCCCCCCUGGCCGCGCUGCCUACAUCCCUCCGCACCUCCGCGGACGGGGAGGCGCCGCCGCUGCAAACGAUACCUCUGCUCCCCCUGCCGGCCCUGGCUAUGGUGGCCCUCGGGACGGUCCUCGCAACAACUGGGCUAACGCCAGUGCCCCCAACUUCAGCCCUCGCGGCCCUGCCAACGGUAACCCUAGCUGGAUCCCAGACGGUCAAAUCCGGCCCUUCAAUCCCCAUGCUUACGGAUACCCAGGUCACGGUGGCUCAUACGGUGGUGGUAACUACAGUGGCGGUGGUGGUAGUGGUGCCCAGGCUCGCGGUUCGGGCGAUGGCCAGUGGCGCGACGGCAAGCACAUUCCCGGUCCCGCCAAUGCCCGCGUGGAGCGUGAAUUGUUCGGUGUCCCCAAUGAUCCUACCAAGCAGCAGACUGGUAUCAACUUUGCCAACUAUGACGAUAUCCCCGUCGAAGCCUCUGGCCAGGACGUCCCAGAGCCCGUCAACACUUUUACCAACCCUCCCCUCGACGACCACCUCAUCUCGAACAUCACGCUCGCCAGUUACGUCACUCCCACUCCCGUUCAGAAAUACUCCAUCCCGAUUGUCAUGAAUGGCCGCGACUUGAUGGCCUGCGCUCAGACCGGUUCCGGAAAGACCGGUGGUUUCUUGUUCCCUAUCCUUUCGCAGGCUUUCCAGAAUGGUCCCUCUGUUGUUCCUAACCAGGCCGGUGGCCAGUUCAGCUACGGUCGUCAGCGUAAGGCCUACCCUACUUCGCUGAUUCUUGCUCCCACUCGUGAACUGGUCUCCCAGAUUUACGACGAGGCUCGCAAGUUCAGUUACCGUUCCUGGGUCCGCCCUUGUGUCGUGUACGGUGGUGCCGACAUUGGCUCCCAGCUCCGCCAGAUUGAGCGUGGCUGCGAUCUGCUCGUUGCCACCCCCGGCCGUCUGGUCGAUCUGAUUGAGCGUGGCCGUAUCUCCCUCAUGAACAUCAAGUACCUGGUUCUCGAUGAGGCUGAUCGUAUGCUGGACAUGGGUUUCGAGCCCCAGAUCCGCCGCAUUGUUGAGGGCGAGGAUAUGCCCCGUGUUGAGGACCGUCAGACUCUCAUGUUCUCUGCCACUUUCCCCCGCGACAUCCAGAUGCUGGCUCGUGACUUCUUGAAGGACUAUGUCUUCCUGUCUGUCGGCCGUGUUGGUUCGACCUCCGAGAACAUUACUCAGAAGAUUGAGUAUGUCGAGGAUGCUGACAAGCGUUCCGUUCUGCUUGAUAUUCUCCACACUCACGGUACCACCGGCCUGACCCUCAUCUUUGUCGAGACCAAGCGCAUGGCCGACUCCCUUUCCGACUUCCUGAUCAACCAGCGCUUCCCUGCUACUGCGAUUCACGGUGACCGUACUCAGCGCGAGCGUGAGCGUGCCCUGGAGCUGUUCCGUAACGGCCGUUGCCCCAUCCUCGUUGCUACCGCUGUUGCGGCCCGUGGUCUCGAUAUCCCCAACGUCACCCACGUUAUCAACUACGACCUGCCUACUGACAUUGACGACUAUGUUCACCGUAUCGGUCGUACCGGCCGUGCUGGUAACACUGGUAUCGCCACUGCCUUCUUCAACCGUGGCAACCGUGGUGUCGUCCGUGACCUGAUUGACCUUUUGAAGGAGGCCAACCAGGAGGUUCCCAGCUUCCUAGAGAGCAUUGCCCGUGAGGGCAGCGGAUACGGUGGCCGCGGUGGCGCCCGUAGCCGUGGCGGUGGCCGCUUUGCCAAGCAGGACUCCUUCGGCUCCCGUGAUGUGCGUCGUGGUGGCAUGGGCGGUGCCCCCUCGUCCUUCGGUGGCGGCGGAUAUGGCGGUGCCCCCUCCUACGGCGGCAGCGGUGGUUAUGGCGGUGCCGCUCCCUCCUAUGGCGGCUAUGGUGGUGGCAGCGGCGGCUCAUACGGCGGCAGCAGCGGCGGCGGUGGUUAUGGCAACCCCUCCGGCGGUCCCACCGGUCCCUCCUCUUGGUGGUAA